CUGAUUCCCACACAGCCCAGAGAGGUGGAAGCAGCUCCAGCCAGCUGCUGAGUGGAGACCAUCCGACGGUUUGUGAACAAACAGCCAAACAUCUUUAGGGCUUUUCCUCUCCCUUACUGCUCUUUGAUUCGUUUCCUCCACGUGAGCUGAACCAUAGAAACAUGCAGGUCACCCUGCUUUUAGCCUUCCUGCUGUCUUCAGUCGCUGCCACAGAGAAAGACUCUGGUCUUAUCAAGCUAAACGACCUCAAAGCUGCUAAAGCCUUCGUCGACUCUGCUGAAGUGGUGAUCGUUGGAUUCCUGGAGAGUGAAGAGAGUCGAGGCUUCAGUGAAUUCCUAGAAGCUUCAAAGCAAGUCGAAUCGGUUCCUGCAGCCAUUUGCUCUGUGAAAGAGGUGUGGGUUGACUACAGCAUCUCCUCAGACACCAUCAUCCUCUUCAGAAAGGCAGAUAACCAUCAGGAGAACCUUGUUAUUUCUGAGGCCAAGAAGCUGGAAACUGAUGGACUUGUGAACUUCAUCACCAUCAACGAGCUUCGAUACAUCACAGAGUACAACCAAGUGACGGCUGUAGGUCUGUUCAACUCAGACGUGAAGACGCACCUCGUGCUAUUUGCCAACAGGGGCAGUAAAGAUUAUACCGAGCUGAAGGAGCGACUGGGAGCUCUGGCCCCCGAGUUCACAGGCAAGUUGUUGUUCGUGCUGAUCAACGGAGCUGUGAAGUCCAACUUUAAGUCGCUGAACUACUUCGGCCUGAAGUCAAAGGACCUUCCCCGAGUUGGGAUCUACGAUGGUGAUUCAGACAUGAAGUGGCUCCUACCUGACGGAGACAUUUCCACAGAACGUGUGCGGGAAUUCUGUCAAUCAUUCCUAAAAGGAGAACUAAAGGAUAUGAAGCAGGCUGGUGAAGAGCCCAAAACAGAGCUGUAGCACUCAUGGACCUAAUGUAAAUGAUGUAUCAUAACUUAAUAAAAACUUCACCGUCUGAGUCUUCUGUUGUUCAUUUACACAAAAGCAGGAAAUUCUUCAAAUGUUCAGAUUUGCAACCUGACCUGUGUGACGGUGUGUUUCAAGUUUUGUCUGUUUACACGAGUGUGAGACUUUCUGUGGUCUGGCCGGUCGGCCGCUGGUCAGCGGCCACAAGUCGCAGUGAUGUGGCAUAGUUUUAGUCUGUCCACAAAUGUUAGCGUCCAAACCGCAACAUGGUGACCACAGAGAGACUGACAGAGAGCAGACUGUAGAGGUGGGCACUGAAGAAGACACGGUUGGUGCUGGUUUCUCCUACGAUUCACUCUGGAUGCUAAAGUUUGUAAAAUAAAAAAUGUUAUAGAGUCAUAGUUUUAGCAGCUACACGCAAUAUUAACAAAACUAGGGCAUCUAAAUUCAAAUUGACUCCAUAUUUCACGUGAGAACAUACUUGGGUUUGUAAAUAUGGGACAAAAAGGAUAUUAUUUACCACUGAAGGCUGUAAAAGCUCCAUAAAAGAACAACAGAUGGGUUGUAGACAUUAAGAGGGAGAAAAAGCUUGGGCCUCUCUCAGAAAAAUUCUGUCAAGCAAGAAGGGAAUUUCAAGGCCCAUACUGGGAUCAGUGUAAUUAGUGGUGUGGCGCUGCCAAGCGGAUACAUCCGGCGGAAUCGGGGAAGCCUGGCAGGUGACCGUUUCUCAGGGUCCAGAUGGAAAUGUGCAGAAAGGGACGCCUGCCAUG